AUGACAGACAUCUCAGAUGAUCAGGUCGAUGAGCUGCUGCGCAAGGCUGAGCAGCGUCUGAAAGAUGGCUCUGCUUCUGCUUGUGCUAUCGUCUCUUCCACAACCUCAAAUGCUGUAGUCGCUGGCGACGCCGCGACAACAAAACAACAUGUCAAGCAGCAAAACUCUUCCAACAGCAGCAGCAAGAAAGAUGGCCUGACUGUUCGAGCACCGCCUCGACCGCAAUUGGGACUCAAGGCCAAGGAAAAGUCUACCGCAGGCCCUGAGUGGUUCGAUCUCCCCAAGACGAACAUGACCCCCGAGUUCAAGCGAGAGUGGCAAGUCCUCCGCAUGCGAGGCAUCCUGGACCCCAAGCACCAGAAGAAGAACCUCCGCGCGAACGCUCCCGAGUAUUCCCAGGUCGGCGAGAUCAUCGCCGGACCGACCGAGUUCUUCAGCGCGAGACUAACGCGCAAGGAGAGGAAGAACACUCUCCUCGAGGAGGUCACAAGGGAUCUUGAUAGUCACAAGUUCACCGACAAGUACGCUGGCAUCCAGAAGCAAAAGACCAGCGGAAAGAAGGCAUUCUACAAGAACGUUGUAGCGCAACGUCGUAAACGUAAUUAA